AUGUCGACGCUCAGCAUACUCCCAGCAAACAGUGCUGCAGCCGCAGCAGUGCUGUUGCUCUUACUUCCACUCGCAGGAUUUGCAUACAUUGCCUCAGUAGCAAUCUACAACCUCUUCUUUCAUCCUCUUGCUUGGGCACCUGGGCCUAUCCUCUGGAGAGCCACAUCGCUACCAUGGAAAAUUGCAUUGCUACGAGGAACCAUGCAUCAUCAACUACGUGGCUUCCAUCAAGUUUACGGCGAGUGUGUUCGCAUCAAGCCAGAUGAGCUCAGCUAUUCGAAUGCUCAGGCAUGGAAAGACAUCGUUGCACACGUUCCUGGUCGACCAGAAUUCCUCAAAGAUCCGAUUCGCCUGCCGCUCGCACCGAACGGUGUGAUGAGUAUUCUCGUAUCUGACACGAAGAACCACGCUCGAUUCAGAGGUCUAUUCGGCCACGCUUUCUCAGACAAAGGUCUUCGAACUCAGGAGAAGACCAUCGUGGAGUACGCCAACCUGUUCGUGCAGGUGCUCGGUGAAGUUGCAGAAUCUGGCAAAGCCGUCGAGAUGGUGAAUUAUUUCAACAUGGCCGUCUUCGACACUAUCGGAGCCUUGUCCUUCGGCGAAUCGUUCAACAGUCUUCGUGAUCGUCAAAUCCAUCCUUGGGUCGAUGCCAUUCACAAGAAUCUCAAGAGUGUUGCCAUCUCGCAUGUCAUGAGAAGCAUGGGUAUUGAGCCUUUGACUCCUUAUGUCCUACCCAAGGAGCUGCGAGGCAAGCGUCAACAGAACUACACUUACGCUAUCGAGAAGAUCGGCCGCCGCAUGCAAAAGACUGGCGAGCAAGGUGACUUCUGGGAUCGUGUCAUUGUCAAGUCCGGCGAAGACAACGAGGACGGCAGCGGUAUGAGCAGAGGAGAAAUGCUCAACAAUGCCGCGGUCAUGGUUGUUGGAGGGUCUGAAACCACGGCUUCUGCUCUUUGCGGGAUGACAUAUCUGCUCUGCAAGUUCAAUCGCAUGGAGAAGGCUGUUGCUGAGGUUCGCUCGACUUUUGCUUCGCCUGAGGACAUCAAUCUGCAAUCUGUCAACCAUUUGCCCUACAUGACUGCCGUCAUCGACGAGACGCUCCGCAUGUAUCCUUCUGUUCCUGGCCAGCCACCUCGCAUGGUACCCGCAGGCGGCGCCACUGUUUGUGGGAAAUUCAUUCCAGAAGACAUGCGGGUUGGCCUCAGCCACCUGGGCACAUACUACGCCGACUACAACUUCACAAAGCCCUACGAGUUCAUCCCAGAGCGCCACCUCAACAAGAAUGACCCAGCAAUGGGCGUCAACAACUGGUCUGCAUUCCAACCUUGGUCUGUGGGCGUGAGAAACUGCAUCGGCAAGAACUUGGCAUACGCUGAGCUGAGAUUGAUCCUGUCGAAGGUUCUGUGGCACUACGAUAUCACGCUUGAUACUGAGAAGACUGGUGAUUUCCUCGAUCAGAAGAUCUGGUCGAUUUGGGCGAAACGAGAGCUUUGGAUGUCAUUGAAGAAGGCACCACAUGUGCAGUGA